AUGAGAAUCACCAUCCUUCUCGCGACUGGCCUGGCCGGUUUUGCCGCCGCCACACCCUUGCUGCCCCGCUACGUCCUCGAGGACAUGGACACGCUGGCUGUGCGCCAGGAAGGCGAAGGUCAGACUGGGGAGGGUCAGGAGGGUCAGGAGUGGCAGCCCGACGCAAAUGGGGAGUGGAAGCCCGAAGAUCAGGGGGACGACCAGGGGAGCGGCGGGGAGGAGUGGAAGCCCGAGGAGAACCAAGAGUGGAAGGAGGAGGAGAAUCACGACGAGGAGAACAACGACGAGGAGGACCACGAUGUGGGAAAUCACGACCAGGAAUGGAAGCCUGAGGAGGAGAACCACAAUGAGGAAGGCGACCAGCAUGAGGAGGGUGACCACAGCGAAGAGUGGGAGCCUGAGGGAAAAGACGACGGACAGUGGAAGCCGGAGGACAAUCAUGAGGAAGGACAGGCACAGGAGGAGUGGAAACCCGACAACGCGGACAACGCUGAGGAAGAGUGGAAGCCGGAGGAGAAUCAGGAGGAGUGGCACCCGGAGGAGAAGCAGGAGGAGUGGAAGCCGGAGUGGGAUCAGGAGGAGUGGAAGCCCGAAGAUGGGCAGAAUCCUGAAGAGCAGCAGCCUCAUGAGGACCAGAAACCCGAGGAGAAUGACGGUGAGGGCUCCGACUCCAGCGAGGAGUACGUUUCUGCUCCCGGUGAGCGGCCGUUCCACUGGAAGCCUGAAUCCCUCGACACGAUGCACAAGCUUGAGGACUGGAUCAAGGCCGAACGCUAUGGCAGGCAGUAA